AUGGAAGUGCCUCAGAUACUGAUGGCUCCCAGUGUGCUGGCCCAGCAGCCUAUACAGCAGAGCUGUAUUUUACUUGGGUUUGUAUGUGACAACGUCUAUGUCGUCGUCGGGGAACUGGGUGAUGGUGGUGUCAUCAUAAGUGUGCAGUGGGAGGUCGUUGACGAAGAGGAUGAAGGUACACCCUGGCAGUACUCCCGCCGGUGGGGUGCUUGCCGGCGCUACUCUGGUGUUAAACAGUGGCAUGACUCUCCUGAUCUUCAGCAAGCUGCGUGGGGCCGCCUGCGGGUGCUGGAGGCCGACAGGCUGCGGCGGUGGGCUGCGGACUCCAGGGAGCGCCGCAUGCUGUACCUUAUCACCCGCGGACCCCGGUACACCACCCACCAGGCCAGAUCGCUGACGACCCUGGUAUCCCGCAUGCGGCUCCGCUACUCCUCCCUGACCCUCACCCACAACCGCACCGUGUACCGCGGCCAGCGUGACCUGACCGCCCUCAUGAGGACAUCGCGGGAUCCCCAGCUGUUGUUGUGGGCGUGGCGGGCGUGGCACGACGCCCUCGGCCCGCCCAUCCGCCCACUCUUCACCCAGGCCGUCCGGGUGAUGAACCAGGGCGCCAGGAGUGCAGGGUACGCGGAUAUGGGUGCCGCCUGGCGGGGGGAGCUGGAACUAGGCAGAGACGUGAACGUUUGGGCAGUGGUUGAGAGAGUGUACAGCCAGGUGGCUGAUGUGUACACCUUGGUGCACGCUCAUGUACGCCAGGCCCUGGUCAAGCAAUACGGUCGCAGCCUCGUCGACCCCACGGCUCCUAUCCCAGCACAUCUGGUGGGAGACCUGUGGGGGCAGGACUGGUCGGCCCUGCUGGAGCUGAUCCUCCCUGACCCCCACCACACACCCGCACACCACACCAGCCACACCACCAACCACACCACCAGGGAUAUGGUCCAGGAAGCCGAGCAGUUCUUCCUGGGUCUGGGCUUCCCGCCGCUGUCUCACACGUUCUGGUUCAAGUCGGUGCUGGGGAAGGCGCCGGGGGACGGGGCGUGCCAGCCCCGAGCCCUCGACAUGUUCGCCCCGGGGGACUACAGGAUGAUGGUGUGCGAGGCGGGGGUGGAGGAGGGGGCGCGGGAAGCCUACCACGAGCUGGGACACGUGCACUACUUUCAGGCCUACGCUCACCAGCCUACAGUCUUCAGGGAUGGCGUCAACUCCGCUUUUCACGAAACUGUGGGUGAUACCCUGCAAUUGGCAGCCAUGACCCUGCCCCCAUCAGCUGCCGACACUGGCUGCCGCGCCACCAGCCGCCCCGCCACGCUAGACGCCUCAUCAGGGACCCAAUAUCUGGCCUCCCCGCCUGCCCACCCUCCUGCCGCUGCGCCUCAUACACCCAUCAAUCGUGUUGAGCUGAGGGGCCUGCUGCUGGUGGCAUUAACGAAGCUGCCGCUCUUCGCCUUCGCCAGGGUCAUGGACGAGUGGCGCUGGAGGGUCUUCCAGGGCACGAUACGGGAGGAGGCGUACAACAGGUCGUGGUGGCUCCUGAAGCAGCAGUACCAGGGGCUCGCUUCUCCCACGCCCCGCUCUGAAGAACACUUCGAUCCUGCAGCCAAAUUUCACCUUGCCGACAACACUCCCUACGUCAGGUACCUGGUGGCGGUCGUGGCUCAGUUCCAGGUACACCGAGGCCUGUGUGAGGCCACCCACGGGCGGCCCCUCACCGCCCCUGCCCACACCUGCUCCAUCGCUGGCUCCCGCCCCGCCGGCACCCUCCUCAGGCAGGUCAUGGGUGCCGGGUCGUCUGUGAGGUGGGAGGAGGUGCUGGAGAGGGUGACGGGCACGACACACCUGGAUGCCUCGGCCAUGUUGGAAUACCUGGCGCCCCUCACUGACUGGCUCCACCACCACGCCCGCCUGACCAACCUCACUCUCGGCUGGUAACACUGCUGCCUGUGUGGGAACACUCAUGAAGGACGUCAC